AUGGACGACGCCCAGCCGAUAACAGAAAUGAGAGGAAGCCAUAUUCUUGGAGAAGCCAUCGAAGCAAUUGCUGCAGAGCUCUCAGCUUCUCCUGCGACGUCGAAAGGUGCUCUGGAGAACCUGGAGGCCCAUUUCAAUCUAAUUUAUUCGAAGUGGCUCGAGUACACGAAGGGGCCAUACAUCACCAGUACCAAUCGAGUGUAUGGCAAAAAUGCUGCCGCUGAACAUGCGAAAUUCUUCGAGUGGCUUCGAGCCGACCCUGAUAUGAGAGGUCGCGCUGAUGCGAUGCUCCGGAAUUUGUUUGCUAAAUCCGGGGUUAAUUUCGCAUUGUCAAUUUUGGAGAAGUGGGCGUCGUCGAAGCUGAACCCUCGAGACGCGUAUCAAAUGAUGCCCAUUUCAUCAGCGAAACGUUUGGAGGUUGGUGCCUCGUGGACUGACAACGAAUGGUCCGACUAUUGUGAAAAGCUCGCGGACUGGCUGUACUAUAUCGAGAUAUACCGACAAGUUCCGGGGCACGAGGACUUCACUGACGCUGAUGCUCUUCGCCUACUGACGAACAACGACAAAUGGGUGGCGCGGGAAUUGGUUGCUCGCUUAAAGAACGACAUUGAGAUGGAGCUAUACGGAAACCGACUGUUUCCAGCUCUGGACGGCUUGUAG